AUGGAUGCAGAUAAACCCACUUACAUCGAGGAUGCAAGUCUCUCCCAUCAUACCCAGGACAGUAUCAGCAUUUCAUCGGAGCGUAGCGGAGUCCAGCCAAAUGCUCCCCUCAAACGACAGCUCAAAUCCAGACAUAUCAUCAUGAUUUCAGUGGGUGGAGUAAUUGGGCAGGGUCUUUUCUUGUCCUCUGGUGGAGCAUUAGCUGCUGCAGGACCAGCAGGUUUACUCAUUGCCUACUCCAUCGUUGGGUUCAUUGUCUUUUGGGUCACUUUCGCCCUGGGUGAAAUGGCUGCAUAUAUGCCUAUUUCCGGCUCCUUCACUAUAUAUUGCCGUCGGUUUGUGGAUAAUUCGUUCGGAGCUAUGGUCGGAUACAACUAUGUUGCAACAUGGUGCCUGAUUACAGCGGCUGAAUUUGUUGCUAUACCUUUGGUGCUCGACUACUGGACAACAGCUGUCCCUAGCUGGGCAUGGUCUCUCAUAUGUCUAGUGAUCGUCUUCUCAAUCAACUUGUAUGGUAUCCGAGGUUUUGGUGAGGUGGAAUACGUAUUGUCUUUGAUCAAAAUCUUGGCUGUCAUUGUCUAUAUCAUCGUUGGUAUCUUCAUUUCCGCUGGUGUUAUCGGAGGGCAAAAGUAUGGCUUCACUUAUUGGAAUGACCCAGGUGCUUUCACUCCUAAUAAGGCUCACAUUCUUAAUGCAAUUGUUUUGGCUUCCUUGACAAUGCAAGGAACAGAGAUUGUUGGUGUGACGGCAGCGGAAGCCGACAAUCCGGCCAAGAAUAUACCCAAGGCUAUUCGUAAUGUGUUUUGGAGAAUAGUAGUGUUUUAUCUUGGAUCAGUCUUCAUUGCAGGCAUGAUCCUUCCCUAUGAUGACCCCAACCUAUUGACACAAGGAGCCAAGAGCGUGUCCAUCUCACCCUUCACUUUGGUGUUCAAGAAAGGUGGACUCGAUGCCCUUGCUCACGUCAUAAAUGGGGUUAUUCUGUGCACUAUCCUUUCAUGUGCCAACAGUGGUCUUUAUGUAUCCAGCCGCACUCUCCAUGCUCUCGCACUAGAGGGCCUCACUCACAAACGACUAGCUUAUGUCAACAACAGAGGUGUACCAAUCUAUGCACUCUGUGCAUCCGCUGCCGUCAGUCUUGUUAGUUUCCUCACCACUUUUAUACCUGGAAACGCUCUGUUUCUAUGCCUGUCCACGAUCUCUGGUGUGGCAGGUUUCAUCACAUGGGGCUCUAUUUCGCUAGCCCGGUAUCGUAUGCGAAAGGCGUUUAUUGUUCAGGGCCGGUCGCUUAGUGACCUUCCAUAUGUUGCUCCAGGGUUUCCCUAUUUCGACAUAUUCUCCAUCUUUGCCUGCGGCGUUCUGGCCCUGCUUGGUGGAUGGUCCUCUUUCUCACCGCCGGAUCCAAUUGGCUUGGUAGGCAAUUACGCUGGUCUGGUGAUCGCGUUCUUUGGCUUCGUCAUAACUAAGUGGUGGACCAAGAGUAAGGUUGUACGACUGUGCGAUAUUGAUCUCGACACGGGCCGCACUCAGCAUGUGGCUCAAGAAAUCGAGGAGGAAAAGGAAACAUGGUGGAGAAAAAUACUCUCCUACAUCUUUUGA